AUGGCAUAUCUUGAUAUCGGUGGCCUGGAAAGUAUCCAUCCACGUGUGGAGCAUGCCAUAAGGGUUCCAAAGGCGUAUGUAGUGAUAAGCCAGCUUAGGUACGGCACUUGGCACACAGUCACGGCGCAACUGACCCUAGUAGGCGGGAUGAACAUGAAACUCAAGGCUCAGCAGCUUGAUCUAAGAGACCUAUAUUGUAUUGAAACCAAAUGCUUACUGCCAGGCGGUUUUCCAAUGAUUGCAAUCUAUUCCGAAGCAUCACCAGCCCAGGGAAUACUGAUUGAGAGACGGGAUUUCCUUCUCGACUGUUUCGGCCACGAAAGUAUCCAGAAAGGUGGUAGAGUGUUCGAGCAAUAUGCGGCGUCGGAAAGGCACUCAGGGUGGGAGAGGAAUCCGCCGAUCGACCCUGGAACUGCUCCACAUCUGCCCGUCCCCAAAUUGUUCUUCUUUUUGAGUCUGCGGGAUAGGAGUUCCAGAAGUUUUGGAAACGACAUUGUCCUUGCAAGCCACGUACUCGACCCAGAUGGCGGAUAA